GGUAGUAAAAUUAAGCCAAGAAACAGAGUAGUAGGCGAAAAUUUGUCUGGUUGCAGGACAGGUGAUCAUAACAAAAUUACUGUAAUUCAUCAAAAAGCUUUCACCCAUUGCCAUUUCCUUUGCUUUUCUCUGCACUUUCUUUCAGUCAUCUUAAGAGAAAGAAUUGCCAGCCUUUCUUGCUGAUCUCUCUGUCUCUCAAUCACCAUAUACAAAACCUUGCUCAAGGGCUUAUAUAAGCAGUCAUUGAUUGACUACUGAGCUGUUUCUGGUCUAAAUUCCACUUCUGUGCUCUGGGAGCAGUUGGACUUGAGGAAGAGUUAAAAGUUCGCAAAUUUCAAGGAUAAGAACAUUGAACCCAUAAACGAAGCAUGAGUCAACCUAAAAUUAAGCGUAGAGUGGGUAAGUAUGAAAUGGGAAGAACAAUUGGUGAAGGAACAUUUGCAAAAGUAAAGUUUGCAAGGAAUUCUGAGACAGGGGAACCUGUGGCUCUGAAGAUCCUCGAUAAAGAGAAGGUUCUCAAACACAAAAUGGCUGAACAGAUCAAGCGGGAGGUAGCGACAAUGAAGCGUAUCAAGCAUCCAAAUGUUGUUCGAUUAUAUGAGGUGAUGGGAAGCAAGACAAAGAUAUUUAUUGUUUUGGAAUUUGUUACCGGGGGAGAGCUUUUUGACAAAAUUGUAAACCAUGGACGGAUGAGAGAAGAUGAAGCUCGGGGAUAUUUCCACCAGCUUAUCAAUGCAGUCGAUUAUUGCCACAGUAGGGGUGUUUUUCACAGAGACCUUAAGCCAGAAAAUUUGUUGUUGGAUGCUUAUGGGAACCUCAAAGUUUCAGAUUUUGGAUUGAGUGCGCUGUCCCAACAAGUCAGGGAUGAUGGCUUGCUUCAUACAACUUGUGGAACUCCAAAUUAUGUUGCUCCUGAGGUUCUUAAUGAUAGAGGUUAUGAUGGGGCUCCUGCAGAUUUGUGGUCAUGUGGAGUGAUACUUUUUGUAUUGCUAGCAGGGUACUUGCCUUUUGAUGAUUCUAAUCUUAUGAACCUGUAUAAAAAAAUUUCAGCAGCUGAAUUUACUUGCCCCCCUUGGCUCUCUUUUGGUGCCAUGAAAUUGAUAACUCGAAUUUUGGAUCCCAACCCUAUGACUCGUAUCACCGUAUCUGAAAUCCUGGUAGAUGAAUGGUUCAAAAAAGGUUAUAAGACUCCUGUGUUUGAAGAGAAAGAGGACACCAACUUGGAUGACGUUGAAGCUGUUUUUAAGGACUCAGAAGAAAACCAUGUAACAGAGAAAAAGGAAGAAGAGCAACCAACAGCUAUGAAUGCGUUUGAGUUAAUUUCGAUGUCUAGAGGGCUAAAUCUUGGGAAUUUGUUUGAUGGAGAACAGGAAUUUAAGAGGGAAACACGGUUCACGUCUAAAUGCCCUGCCAAUGAAAUAAUUCACAAGAUCGAAGAAGCUGCAAAGCCCCUUGGUUUUGAUGUCCACAAGAAAAACUACAAGAUGAGGCUUGAGAAUGUGAAGGCUGGGAGAAAGGGAAACCUUAAUGUCGCUACCGAGAUAUUUCAAAUGGCACCCUCGCUUCAUAUGGUUGAAGUGCGUAAAGCAAAAGGAGACACUUUGGAGUUCCAUAAGUUCUAUAAAAGCCUUUCAACCUGCCUUGACGAUGUCGUCUGGAAAACUGAGGAGGACAUGCAAGAAACAAAGUAAAAGUUGUGCAAAUUUUGACGUGUGGUAGUAAUGCAAAUGUGCCAUACUUGUUCUGCAUCUUCUUUCCCCUUGUUUUUUUACUGUUUUCCUGGAAAUAUUUUCUCAUUUCCUUAGAAUUAGGCGGACAUGGCUUCUCCAGUUGUUUCCUUGUUAUUAAUGUUGGGAAACACGGAUGAUCCUCGUAGUCUUGUUUAUUUCUCUUCAAUAGGAUUUUCAUGGGGUGGUUUGUUUUCCUCUUCGAUAGGAAGAUUUCUAGUAAAUGAAAGCACUGUAUAUGCUCUCUUUUCAUUAUUAAUUCUGCUUCUUCUUUUUUCAAA